AUGGACAUGAUCACCGUCCCCCUCCUUCUCCUGCUUCUUGCGCCUCUCGCCGCUGCGCAAUGGCAAGACUGCGGCAAGAACGGCAACUUCACACAAAAUAGCACCUACCAAGCCAACCUCAGGCUCCUCUCUUCCACCCUCCCCAACAAGGCCGCGUCCAACACCAACCUCUUCGCCACAGCCACUGUGGGCGAUGUUCCGGACAUGGUCCACGCCCUUACGCUCUGCCGCGGCGACACCAACGCCUCCGCCUGCCAGAGCUGCGUGGCAACCGCUUUUGAGGGCGCCCAGCAGCUCUGCGCGUACAAUAAGGACGCCUCCGCGUACUACGAUAUCUGCAUGCUCAGGUUCUCCAACCAAAAUUUUCUUGCCACCACCGUCAAUGGCGAUAGUACACUCAUCCUCGAGAACUCCGAGAGUCUCACGACAAGUGCUGACUAUUUCAAGCUCUUCUUGUUCACGCUUGUGAACGGCACGGCACAAUCCGCCACUAAGAGCUCGAGGAGGUUCAUCACCUCGCAAUUAGACAUCAGCUCCUUCCCGACGUUGUACUGUCUUAUGCAGUGCACGCCUGACCUCACCAUCGACGACUGUGCAGCCUGUUUCUGGGAGGCCUUGCAGUAUACGCUCAAUUACAUCGACCGUAAGCGAGGUGGUCGAAUUCUUGGGACACGGUGCACCGUAAGGUACGAAAUAUAUCUGUUCUUCCAAGAUCCUAUACUGCAUAUUACCAACUUGGCCCCUGAUGUUCCGGCGAUCGACAACACUACUACCACGCCACGUGUAGAGCAAGAUACAAAGCUCCCACAAUCGCAGCCACCAGCCGUGCAAACGACCAUCGAAGAACAGCACGGACGCAACGGAAGCAAGAGGCCUCUAUGGAUUAUUGCUGUGGGGGCUCCAUUGCUCUCAAUACUUAUGUGCUUUAUCUGCUUCGUUGUAUGGAUGAGAAGACGAAGAAAGGGAAAGGUAAACUUAAAUGACCAAGCUGCCACGAAUAGGCCAGAAGAAGAUGCACUGGUUUGGAGAUUGGAGGAGAAGAGUUCAGAGUUCACUCUCUUUGACUUUUCUGAGAUAUUGAAUGCUACGCACAACUUCUCCAAAGAGAAUCUACUUGGGCAAGGUGGCUUUGGCCCUGUCUACAAGGGAAGACUACCAGAUGAAAUGGAAAUUGCAGUUAAAAGGCUUGCUUCACAUUCAGGACAGGGUUUCAUAGAAUUCAAGAAUGAAGUUGAACUUAUCGCAAAACUACAACAUAACAAUCUGGUCAAACUCUUGGGAUGCUGCAUUCAGGGAGAGGAAAAAGUUUUGGUGUAUGAGUAUUUACCAAAUAAGAGCUUGGACUUCUUUAUAUUUGAUGGAAACAAAACAACGUUGGUUGAUUGGGAAAAGAGGCGCGUGAUAAUCGAAGGGGUAGCCCAAGGUCUUCUGUAUCUACACAAGCACUCUCGAUUGCGCAUCAUUCACAGAGACCUUAAGGCCAGCAACGUUCUCUUGGAUCAGGAAAUGAAUCCUAAAAUUUCUGAUUUUGGUCUAGCUAAAUUUUUUAGCUCAAAUGAUAUUCAGGGAAGCACAAAGAGGGUAGUGGGUACAUAUGGUUAUAUGUCUCCGGAGUAUGCAUCUGAAGGCAUUUACUCAAUCAAAUCUGACGUGUUCAGCUUUGGUGUGUUACUUCUUGAGAUCCUUAGUGGGAAAAGGAAUUCUGGCUUCCAUCAGUACGGAGACUUUCUUAACCUUCUUGGAUAUUCAUGGCAACUCUGGGAAGGAGGAAAAUGGCUUGAGCUUCUAGAAGUGUCAAUUGUUAAGGAGAUCCAUACAACAGAGGCUAGGAGGUACAUUAACAUUGCAUUGAUGUGCGUACAAGAGAGCGCAGAUGAUCGACCCACCAUGUCAGAUGUUGUUGCAAUGUUAACUAGUGAGAAUGUUAUUCUCCCAGAGCCUAAUCAUCCAUCAUACUUCAACUUAAGGGUAUCUAAGGUACAUGAAUCAGCUAGUGUUGUUGUCCCAUGUAGUAAUAAUGAUGUAACCAUCACUGAGGAGCCAGAUGGAAGAUAGUUGAUUACUUUGCUUCAGUUGUUAUUACCUGAGUUGUACAAUAAUUCACACCAAACUCGAGAUGUUAUCAAGUUUAUCAUACUAUUCUCUA